AUGAUUACCGAUUAUCUUCAGUUAACUACAACAACAGUAUUGCUUAUUGCUACACCUAUAUUUUAUUUUAUUUAUCAUCGAAUAUUCCGCUACUUUAUAUUUGAUCAACGAACAAAAGUAACGAAAGGCAAAGUUUCAAGGGGCAAAUGCCCACCAUUUUUCCCGAAUGGAUGGUUUUGGAUAAUAAACUCAUGUGAUCUUAAAAAGGGUGACGUCAAAGCGAUUUCAUACUGUGGGCGAGAUGUUGUUUUAUUUCGAGGCACAAAUAGUAAACCUUAUGUUCUUGAUGGCUUUUGCCCGCAUAUGGGAGCUCAUUUGGGUGUUGGCGGUAAAAUUCGUCAUGGCACAUGUAUUGAAUGUCCAUUUCACGGAUGGACAUUCGAUGGUGAAACUGGUGAUUGUGUUCUGUCCGGUAUUGAAAGUAAAAUAAUUCGUACGGCUGAUAAAUAUGAAUAUCAUGAUAUUGAAAAAUGUACAGCAGUACCAACAAAUGAUAAUACAAUGGAUUUCUAUUUAAAAAAAGUCAAUGAACAAGAAGAAAUCAAAAUUAAGCGUUAUAUAUGUCGAGAAGUCAAUGGAUCCAUUCUUGUAUGGUAUCAUUCUGAUGAAAAAUUACGAGAACAUCCUUUAUAUGAACCAUUUGAUAUGAUCAAUGAAUUAAAAACUUAUAAUAUGACAGCACGUGGUGAAUCAAUUAAUUAUGUUAACUGCCAUGUUCAAGAAAUUCCUGAAAAUGGAGCUGACGUUCGACACUUCGAUUUUUUACAUCAAUCGAUAAUUGAUAUUAUUUUUCCAUUUUUUAAAUUUAGCUGGAGUAUGUUAUCUGAGCGAGCAACAAAUCCACGUUUACAUGAGUUAAUGACUCACUCAAAUCCAGAAGUAAAUGCAUAUAAAAUGCGUCUGUUAGACACAUUUAUUAACGAUUCCAAUCGUCCCUACAUAAAUGUUUUAUCAUUAAAUUCUUAUCUUCAAAUUUUCGGUAAACAUAAAAUAUUUAUAUUUAAUGCAACUGGAUUUCAAAUGGGCCCAUCGGUGGUCUAUUUAUUUUUAUGGUCACCAUAUUUCCAAGUAUCAUUUUUUCAAACAGUGACACCAUUAGAAAAAUUUAAUCAACGCGUUAUGCAUCGUAUCUUUUCAACGCAACCAAUUCCAUAUUGGCUAUCAGCAUUAAUGCUUAUGGGUGAAGUUAAACAAUUAUUUUCUGAUAUGAAUAUAUGGAAUAAUAAAAUAUUCGGUGCAAAAUUAAGUUACAAUAUGAAGAAUGACGCCGAUAAAUGUCUUCAUUCAUGGCGAAAUUGGUAUGCACAAUUUUAUGAAGGAUGCUAUGAUUUCCAAAGUAAAUCGCUUUCAUGGUAA